AUGGCCACUGAUCUCUCCCUUCUCUCCUCAACUCAUCUCCAAGAGUUGGUUCUCUCCCAGCUAAACCAACUGCGGCCAAACCCCGGCUCGGAUAUGUGGAACCCUAAUCUCGCCCAACAGGAGGAUGACGACGACUCAUGGGAGGUGCGAGCCUUCGCAGAAGACAUGGGUGGCAUCAUGGGUACCACUUGGCCGCCGCGGUCUUAUACUUGUACCUUUUGCAGAAGGGAAUUCCGGUCAGCCCAAGCCCUAGGCGGCCACAUGAAUGUGCACCGCAGAGACCGGGCUCGUCUUCACCACCCGCAACCGCCAGGCCUAAACAACGUCUCUCCAUCUUGCUCCUCCUUGGCCGUUCCAACACAAGAAUUAGUCGGUGCCGAUGGUACCGGACUAUGCCUUCUCUACCGUCUGCCUUAUAACCCUAAUUACAGUGUCUUGAUAACGCCAACAAGAAUGGGUGCAUGUGACGAGUCUAUCGAUGCUCGCCCCGCCCUACUCUCCGAGUCGCAGCAAUAUCUGUCGAAUAGCUUGGUGUUGCCUGGUAAUUUUCCGGUAAUGCCUCCUUCCUCAGCCGGUCAGUCCGGGAAAGUUCAACCCUCAGCAUCCAUGGAUGAUGACUGCAGUGAAAAUAAAAAUUACUGCCGGGAGGGUUUGGGCAUUGAAGGGCUUGAUCUUGAGCUUAGGCUAGGAAAGAAAUGAGCUGAUCAGGAAGCUGACAAUCAAGCUGCUGCAACUUAAUUGCUUACGGUUGCUGCUGUUUGAGGAAGAGAUCGGUACCACUAUUUUAUAAAACAAUCUUUCCGUCUGAACUUUUAAUUUCUUUCUUAAUUACCUUUUUCUUUGUAUUUUUUUCUUAAUCGGAUUGAUAGUAAAUUUCAAUAUUGGU